GAUUUAGCUGAUUGGUUAGUGAGAUUUUGGCACCAUUCCUCUUUACGCUGAUUGGCUAGUGCAGUUUUGGCGCCAUUUCUGUUUAACUGCGUCUCUUUUUUUCCAGGAAGUGCUUGGUUUAUUUAGAUCACAGUUCAGCUCAGGUGAGAGCACACACACUGACUCAGCUCUGUGUAGACAAUCUCCUGCUCAUUCACAGCAGUCAACAUGGUAGAUAAAAAACGUUUUCUGGUGAAACACAUAGAGAAAAUCGUACAAAAGACAAACAAUCCAAUGAAUCUGGCUGAUGCUCUGGUUGGCAAGAACUUGAUUGACCAGGAAACAUUAGAGAAGAUCCAUGCCCAGAAAACCAAUCAAGAAAAAACCCGUAACAUUUAUAUGAGGCUCAAUAGUAAAACACACUUUGACUGCAUGUAUGAUUGGUUCAAGAAUAAAGAGCCACAUCUGUUUGAAGAAUUGGAAAACGACGACACUGAGGCUGAAGCACCACGGAAAAAAUGCGUCAGACUCGAGGAUGAGGAUGAAACAGAUAAUAAUCUUACAGGAUUUCCCGAAUCUGAAAGAGAUCUCCGGACGAUAUCCACCUUCGCCAAACUGGAAGAAUGGGUGUCGAAACCAGAAAUCAGCCAAAAGAUGAUCAGUGACUUGGAGAGAAAACUUGGUGAUGAAGGCAUGGCAGCUUUGAGAAAAGAAUUAAAGCUUAAAGAACCAAGAAAUAGUUUAUGCUUCAAUGCGUCCAAUAUUGAUGAUAUCAGGAAAAAUAAGGAACUUGAAAGAUUUCUCAACACAACACAGAACGCAAAAUUUCCUAAACUGACAUAUGACAUGUGGUUUAAGAAACGUGCCUCUGCCUCAUCAGGAAACAGAGCUCAAAGCUCCAUUGAUUAUAAUGAGUGCAUAGAGGCGAUGACCGAUUUAAGCAGCAGUGGAGUUGGAUCUUCAUUAAACUCAAGUCUUAAUAAUAGCUACUCUGCAGUCAGUUUCAACUAUUUACCACAAAAUGAUGACGGAUUGCCAGAUGAAGAUUGCAGAUACACUGGAGACGUGGAUAUUAUGAUUCAUGAAAAUAAAGACAAAGAGAGUGAGUUCAAAACCCCUGAAAAGCUCCUUGGUGGAUCAUUCAUCCAAAUGGACCCUGAGGUCAAUGCUGAUGCACCAUCACAAGAACCUGUGAACAUGCAGAAUACACACAUUGAUGAGAUGGAAGAGCGAUCUCAAAGAUCAUAUGUUCCAAAUGUCAUGAGGAAUGAAGAUGAAUCUCUGCAACAAAAUCAGCGAAUCACAAAGAAAGAAACGCCACUAGAUGUUGAACUUGGAAGCAUGGAUUUGCAGGAAAUACAAGUUGAUGAGAUGGAUGAUGAACCUCAAAGAUCAUCUGUUCCAAAUUACCCAAGGCAUGAGGAUGUGUCUCUGCACCAAAAUCAGUCAAUCGCCAAAAAUGAAACACCACUAAAAGAUGGACUUGGAAGCACGGACUUUCAGGAUGCACACAUUGACAAGAUGGAGGAGGAACCUCAAAGAUCAAAUGUUCUGAUGCAUUCCGCAUCGCUGCACCAAAAUGAGUCAGUCGUUAAAAGCAAAAUCCCACUAGAAGGCAGAUGUGGGAACAUGCACAUGCAGCAAAAUGAGCAAGAAAAUAUGCAGGUUAACCCUGGGCCUUUUCUUUCAACGCAGCUGCAGAAGAACAGUCCAGGUUCCGCAUCAGAGCAUACGGAAAGCAAUGGCACAGAGAGCUCGAUGCUAAAUAAAGACACAGCCAUACUAGCUAAAAACGGAGAUGUGAAAGAUCGGAUCGAAACUUCAAAAAAGAGGGCAAACUCAAAAUACCAGAAGGAAAAGAAGAAAGAAGAAAAGGAUAAACGGCUUCGUGACUGGGCACUGAGACAAUGUAAUAACCGUGAAGAGGACUUAAAGAACAUAUUUGACCAGAUCUCAAUUAUAAACAUGGCAGAACUCAGCGAUUAUCCAUGCUUUACUGCUGAAAAUGUCAUGGUGUAUAAAUACUUAACUCCCGAGAGCCAAAUUAUCUUCAUCACCGAUGACAAUACCUCCGUCAAAACUAGGACCACGGUCCAUUACCAAAUGUUUGUGUGUAAGAUUAAGAGAGCCAUACUCUUAGGUCCUAAAGAACCUUGCGAACAGGAGAUUCCAUAUAAGAUAUCUCAAGUGCCUAUAGAUAAGUGUACAGAUUUUAUUUUCAAAGCGUUCGCUCCUGCUCUUACGGUGUACAAAGAGAUUCAGAAAGAAGAGAAACUGUACUCUCUCAUCUGAGUGCAGUCGGGGUGUUAUUCCACUAGAGCAGUGUAGAGCGCUGCAAAUUCAGCUACUGACAAAAUGUUAUUGUGACGCUAUAACUAUGUUGUGGGAUUAUUUUAUUAAUUUUAAGAACAGUUUAAUUAAAUUCAUUUCUGUAACUUCACUUCACUCAUGAACACUUGCCUUGGGUCAUGAUGUUCUGUCCUUGUACAUGUUUUUCUCCUACCUUCACCAUCUGCAUUAUCUGUGUGGGCCUCUUUCUCACACACACACACACACACACACACACACACACACACACACACACACACACACACACACACACACACACACACACACACACACACACACACACACACACACACACACACACACACACACACACACCCACCCACCAGUAUAAAAGCUUGUUUUGUCUGAUUUUUGUUUAGACUAUAGAACGCCCAGGUUGUCUUAAUAAACCAUCUAUUUUAUUAAAACCUG